CCCCAUCCCUUCUCGCGUCUCCCCCCCUAUCCCAGCCGUGCGCAUCGCGGAGCCGGGCGACAGGAGGAAGAGGAGGAGGAGGAGGAGGAAGCGCCGCUCUUCGCGCCGCUGUCAGCCCCGCGGCACCACACGCCGCCCCGGCAGCGCGGCGCACGGCGCCUCCCGGUACAUGGAUUACCUGAAAACAACAAUAAACUAAAUUCAUAGUCCAUCAUCAGCCUCUCUGGGUGACUGCAGAAGACAUAGGAUUGUGGCAUCACAGCAGACUGGAACUUGAGCAAGUUGAGGACUAUGUCUGAAUGUAUCCAGCUCUCAUUUGCUGUUUGUAGAAUUGGCAUUUACACGUGUUUUAGAGCACUUUGCUGCAAGGGACCACCACCACCACGACCUGAAUAUGACUUGGUUUGCAUAGGCCUCACUGGUUCUGGCAAGACAAGUCUUCUGUCACAGCUCUGCAGUGAAAGCCCGGAGAAUAUAGUGUCUACCACAGGUUUUAGUAUAAAAGCGGUGCCAUUCCAGAAUGCCAUCUUGAACGUAAAAGAACUCGGAGGGGCUGACAAUAUCAGGAAAUACUGGAGUCGUUACUACCAAGGAUCCCAAGGGGUGAUAUUUGUAUUAGACAGUGCCUCCUCUGAAGAUGAUCUAGAAACUGCUAGGAAUGAACUGCAUUCUGCUCUCCAGCACCCACAGUUAUGUACUUUGCCGUUUUUAAUACUGGCCAAUCAUCAAGACAAGCCAGCAGCUCGCUCUGUACAAGAGAUAAAAAAAUAUUUUGAACUUGAGCCACUGGCACGUGGAAAGCGCUGGAUCCUUAAACCCUGCUCCUUGGAUGAUAUGGAGGCAGUAAAAGACAGCUUCUCCCUUCUAAUAAACUUGCUAGAAGAGAGAGACUUCGAACCUUCGAGAAUGUGAAAUGCAAGAAAGAAGAGUGGUUCUCCAGGCAUCGCUGUACCUGCACAUUCUGCUCACAACUUAAUACUG